GAGUCGUGAUGGCGGAGGCGAAACGCAGGGGCCGGCCAAGGGGCGCUUCAGGCCCGGCCUGGGUUUGCAGCUUGAUAUGGAGAGCCGAAGAACUUCUGUUCUCCACCGGGUGGUCAGUUUUGCCCCUGAUCCUCUCCCUGCCCGGCAGUAUGACAUAAAGACAAGUGAGCCGAUCAGCUUCUACCUCUCAGGCUUGGAAGAGCUGCUUGCCUGGAAGCCCACCAGCGACGACGCUUUCAAUGUGUCCACGGAGCCACUGGCUAAACGGCAGCCUCCGCUUGGCAACCACAGGCCCCGCACACUGGUGUGCCAUGACAUGAUGGGUGGAUACCUGGAAGACAGGUUCAUCCAGGGCGCCGCUGUGCGUGACCCCUACGUCUUCUACCACUGGCACUACAUCGACCUCUUCAUAUACUUCAGCCAUCACACAGUCACCAUUCCACCAGUGGUCUGGACAAACGCAGCCCACCGCAACGGCGUCCUCAUGCUGGGGACAUUCAUCACAGAGUGGACGGAUGGCGGGAAGAUGUGUGAGGCUUUCCUGGCAGGCGAGGACGAAGAAGCGUACCAGGCUGUGGCCGCACAGCUGGCUGCAAUUGCGCAGUUUUACCGUUUUGAUGGCUGGCUGGUCAACAUUGAGAACUCCUUGAGUGUGUCAGCAGCGCGGAACGUGCCCCACUUCUUGCGAUACCUGACGGCCCAGGUGCACCGACUCGUGCCCGGAGGACAGGUGCUGUGGUACGACAGCGUCUUGCCAAGCGGGGAGCUCCGGUGGCAAAACGAGCUCAACGAGAGCAACAAGGUUUACUUCGAUGCUUGUGACGGAUUGUUCACUAACUACAACUGGAAGGAGGAGCACCUCUUGCGUUCCAGGGAGGUGGCAGAUGAUCGCCGGACAGACGUCUAUGUCGGGGUGGAUGUGUUUGCACGUGGGGACGUUGUGAGUGGUGGCUUUGAAACGAACAAGUCGCUGCGCAUGAUUCGGGAGCAGGGCCUCUCGGUGGCCAUCUUUGCGCCCGGCUGGGUCUACGAGCAGCUUGGCUCAGCGGACUUCCUGAACAAUGAGGACAAAUUCUGGGCUCUGCUGUCCCAGCUGCUGCCCAUCCACAGCGUUGGCUCCCUCCCCUUCUGCACCAGCUUCAACCUGGGCAUGGGCCAGAGGCACUUCAGCAACGGGCAGGAGAGUCGGGCUGAGCCGUGGUACAACCUGAGUGCGCAGGAGAUCCAGCCGCUGUACUUGCACCGCACGGAGCCUCACGGGGGCUGGCUGCGGACGCGCUGCUGCCUCCAGGAUGCCUGGUGUGGGGGCAGCUCGCUGCUGCUGGAGGGGACCAUCCCCCCGCAGGCCACUCACGUCACUGUGAGGCUGUUCUCAUUCCAGAUUCCGGCCCCCCCUCGACUGUUCCUUGUCUUAAUUGAGAAGAGCGGGAACUCCUCCCAGACUGUGGCCAUGGCACCGCAGUUCAGCACGAGGACGUCGCUACCUUCCUCUGCCAGCGACAGGUCACCUUCAUCUGCAGAAGUGACGUGGCACAAGCCCUUCCUGCUCCCCACACCUCCUCCCCGCCUGGCUCAGUUGUUCCGAGGAUGUGGCCGACACGGGGAACGCGGCUGGCAGAGCCGCUGCUUUGAGCUGGAGCUCCAGAACGGCUUCCUGGAUGACCUUUCGGUCACGGUCUCCCGGCACCAGGCUGGUCAGGAGGAGGCGCCCUUUGCUUGCCGCCUGGGCAGGAUCUGGGUGCUGGACGCGGCCACCUUGCACUCCCUGUCGCCAGUGGAUGCCGCCACCCUGAAGUGGCCCAUGGACGUUGCCCAUGUCCGCUGGCACCGGCCUUCGGAGGGAGCCCAGCUCUCGCUCAGCCUGACCUUACGCUGGACCUUCCCCCCCAGCAAGGCCCUCUGCUUCCGCGUGCACUACCGGGGUGGGUCGUGUGCCGCUGGUCCUGAGCUGCCUCUGCGCCUGGUUGGGGAGGCGCAUGCCCCCACCUACCGCGUGACUGAGCUCAUGGUGCCUGCCCCUGACGCCGAGUCUUCCUGCCGCUUGGAGUUCCUUGUGGAGCCGGUUCCUGGCGAUGGGGUCGCAGUAGAUAUGGAGCUGUGGGGGAAACUGGUCUUUGUCUACUCUGCCCCGAAGCUACCAAACGCUGGUACCAGUGCUUGAGAUAACCCAUUGCUCAUUAAACUAAUUUAUAC